AUGAAACAGCAUAUAAUAAUGUCGAAGCUUGAUAGGCGCCGUAAAGGGGUAUUCGGACCACCUGUCGGGAAAACUGCAGUUUUCUUCCUCGACGAUAUGAAUAUGCCUGCCAAAGAAGUAUAUGGCGCUCAGCCGGCUAUUGAACUUCUCCGACAGUUUUUUGAUCAUGCCCACUGGUAUGACCUAAAAGAUACGACGAAAAUAUUUCUUCAGGAUAUCUACCUUUUGGCUGCAAUGGGUCCACCUGGAGGAGGGCGUAACGAUGUUUCUCCCAGAUUUAUGCGUCAUUUCCAUAUAAUCAGUAUGACGCCUUUCAAUGACGAGACAAUGCAUCGCAUUUUUUCUACCCUAAUUAAUAUGUAUUUAAAGGCAACUAAUAUUCUGCAGAUAUACGGAAUUCCUUCGGUGCUUCUGACUGGUAUGAUAUUUCGUAAACAAGCAGUGGAUUUAUUAUUUACCUUUUAUAAGGCAAUAUUUACGAAGAUUUAG